GGUGUUUAUAAAAGUGUCAAAACAUGCAACAGAUUCAUGAUCCUUAGAAAUGUUUGCAUUAUUCCAUGGUAAAGCGUCCAAUAUCUGAUACGUUGAUUGAUUCCAUGACUACUAGCUAGUAUUGAUGACUGUUCUAUCCAGACUACGAUAGACUUUGAUUUAAUCGUCCAAUUGAACGGUGGUGGACGUGGGAUUUGUACCAUGGUACCAUGGUACGUGUAGUCAGCCCCAUGCAGACACUGAAACAACAGGAAGGUCCGAGCUGAGCAGCGGAGGAAGCCACAAAGCAGCGGACCAUGACAGCCAAACAAACUUCUUGCUAACAUUCCGCUGCAACAACAACCCAACAACAACAACCAACCCACAACCAAGUAGAGUCCAAUAUCGGAUAAAGUAGCAGUCGAGACUAGCUAGCUCUUCGUCUCAUUGUGAAUGCUCAUUCCAGAGCAGGAAGGCAAUUGAUUAGCAAAAGACCCACUACUACCAUUAUGCCGGAAAGAAGAAGUACUCGUCACCUUCCCCAACGAAGGCGAGGUAACGACUCCAGUGGCGCCUUUGACAAGUCGCCCGGAUCCACGUUGAUUCAAUUCUCGGUUGUAGAGAUACGAGAGUUUGAACGAGUAGUGGGAGAUAAUCCAUCAUGUAGUUCAGGCGUCCCUGUGUCCAUCGGAUGGAACCAUGGGAAAACAUUCAAAAUGGAUUUAGAAGACUUUGAAAAGGCGAGACCUCCGCGUCGCUCGCAGAUGGACUUGGUCUUGACGCGAGGAGAGCGGCACCGACUGUUGGUAGAAUGGGGUGCGUCUGGUCAGGACGUUAUUGAGGCCAUUCGUAUGAUCAUUCGAGUCAAGAACCAACGUCGUCAAACGGUGAACAAUCUCGGCAGCUACGACAAGGUCGAAGAAGUCUUUGAGAACAUUGGAAGACGCUUCACACGAUUUGUCUGCCGCACGUCUUCGACUUCGGUAGCGAUGAAACUCAAAGUAGAUUCCGAACGAGCUGCCGCGUCGCGGAAGAACGAAAAAGGUGGAAGUGAAGCCGCAUCCUACACAGCAAACGAGACAGCAACCGCUUCAUCCUUACCACAUGCUGCGAGGAGAGAAGCCAGCGCUGGUAGCAAUAGAGGAAGAAGGCACGACGAUGAGCCGCCCUUCUCGGAGGUGAGUGUCAUGAAGAAUGGAUCAGACGCUUCCACCCACUCCGAUCCGGGGUACCUGACAUCGGACUCAAUGAAAAAGGCACCGCCGGAAGCCUCUCUUGGCAGUCCACGGCCGCCAAGGCCCAAGCAUACCCCAAGGCACGAAGAACAAUACAAUCACCCGAAGCAUGAAAUGGACAACGACCUGGACAACAUGAGCAACCCUCAGUCGCAUGAUCAUCGAGGACACAUGGAGCUGCAAGCCGUCAAUGGAAGUGUGGACAUAUAAACAAAAAUCACCAAGCAAGCCGCAAGAGAUGCUUGAAGAUGCCACAAAUGCAUACUCGGACGGACCCCUUCACAACACAAUUUUGGUCAAUAGAUUUUAGAGGAGUACCAGUGCUUGCCUGGACUGGGCUGAAAGGAAUGCCGGUGAAAAGCAUGAUCCAUUGGGAUGAGACUUCAACGGUUGCAAGAAACGGCCUUGGCUGGAUCCUCAAAAGCUCUAGUCAUUUAAGUGCACUGGUUGCUCGCACCUUGCGAUUUUCCAAGUCACCGCGGGAUCGCCGAGAGAAUUGAUUGAACAAAAAGCAAAUGAUCAAUUGUGUUUCUCUCGCGGCCCGAUUGGUGAACAUCAUUAAAGAACGAAAUCGCGGGGACUGUCACUGUACUCUGUAAAUUAUAAAUUUGGAUUGCAUGGCU